CAAAGUCAAUUUCAUCCAAGCUCUCUUCCCACCACCACUCACUCACUCUCACAAACUCACUCUCAUCAUGUCCGCCUCUCUCUACCCCGCCGGCGUCAAGCCCAUCGAGGAGCGCCAGCGCCCCAAGACCAUCUGCAUGUUCGAUGUGGACGGCACCCUCACCCCGGCCCGCCUCAAGGCCAGCCCCACCAUGAUCGCCCACCUCAAGGCGCUGCGCGAUGUGUGCGCGAUCGCGUUCGUCGGCGGAAGUGACCUCGUCAAGCAGGUCGAGCAGCUGGGCAUCGACGGUGGAAACAUCCUCGACAACUUCGACUACUGCUUCGCCGAGAACGGUCUCACCGCGUACAAGCUUGGCAAGGCCCUCGAGCCCACCAGCUUCAUCAAGCACAUCGGCGAGGACGAGUACAAGAAGCUUGUCAACUUCAUCCUCCACUACAUUGCCGACCUCGACAUCCCCAUCAAGCGCGGCACCUUUGUCGAGUUCCGCAAUGGCAUGAUCAACGUGUCGCCUAUCGGCCGUAACUGCGCGCAGGACGAGCGUAUCGCGUUUGAGAAGUACGACAAGGAGCACGGAAUCCGCCCCAAGUUUGUCGAGAUUCUGCGCGAGAAGUUCGCCCACCUCAACCUGACCUACUCGAUUGGCGGCCAGAUCUCGUUUGACGUCUUCCCCGUCGGGUGGGACAAGACGUACGCGCUCGGGCGCCUCGAGGGCGAGGGCUUUGAGGAGAUCCACUUCUUCGGCGACAAGACCUUCAAGGGCGGCAACGACUACGAGAUCUACGAGGACCCCCGCACGAUCGGGCACUCGGUCACGUGCCCCGAGGACACAAUGAAGCUCCUCGACGAGCUCUUCCUCCACCAAAAGUAGAGUAAUAGAUGCAUGGACAGUGGCUACUGCACGCCC